UCCAUUCCACUUUCUGGACGGCUUUGAGAAUCGCCUUGCCUAUGCUAUAUCGUUUGGAACGGCUACUGGUACAGUAGUGUCCUUGGCUACAUCAGAGAAUGAGUUCGAAAUGCCGUUAUGGGCAAAAGCACUGUAUGUAUAUUUUCAAGCCAUGAUUGGGUGUCUGCGUUGCUUCCCGCUGUUUGCAUGUCUGACCACAAGAUACAAAGCUGCUGGGGCCAGCCUGUGUAUUCUCUACUCAUGCCUAUGUUUGUCGCUGAGUGUAGUUGAAACAGUGCAGACUACAUCAUCCUUAACUUUCAAUAACUGGGUCACCGAGCGUAACAGUACAGUUAUUCAAGACUUCUUAAAGACAUUUUUCAUUAUGGGAGUCCUGCCAAACCUGACCUAUUAUCUAGUGCUGAUCAUCUAUUGCUGUAACAUUCUGUACCAGUGUUACAGAAGCCAGGUAUAUUUUCAUAAGCAAAGAGAAAGUAUGGUCAAGCUGCAUCAAGAGGACCAUGUGCGGUGGGUGUUUCACAAGUUCACACUGCCACACCGAGGUCAAAGUCAGUCUAGUCAAGAUCCUUCCCAAAGAUUCACUGAUCAGAUGUGA